AUGGCUUUGGAUGUAAUGGGCCCUUCCCUCAGAGACAGUAAGAAAGUGUUGUCUGUAUGUACAAAUCUGAGUAUAUUUGAUCCAGAUAGUAUACAUGCAACGAAGUUUUACUGUCAUCUGCACCAGUUACUGCAGAUUUUUGUGGCAGCACCGAGAUCAAAAAUUGUGUGGAAUUCAGUAUCAGUCUUGCAGCAAGCCACUCAAAAUCCAGCUGCUAAGACAGCAUUACUUCAUGUACAUCGUUUUGCAAGUGUACUUGGACGUCUUCUUGUUGCUGGUGCAGCAACAUUGUUAAUUCAACAGAAGAUACAACUUUUGAAACUGCUGCAGGAAUUAACAUAUGACAUAGAAGUCACAUGGCAAGAGGCACUAAUACCAGGUCUUAUACAUACACUGGUCUUAUGGGUAUGUGGUACUACUUAUGCAGAUGAUGGAAGCCAAGAACUUGUUGGUCCUUCUCUUGGUGUCCUUGUAAAUCUGUGCCAUAAAAAUUUGGUAGGCUUUUGCAUUCUGGCACAUUGCAUUGAUACUAGAGACUUCCUAAAAAUUGUCACACGUAUGUCUAUGUCUAAUUGUGAUACACAUCUGAGUAUCCAGGCUUUCAAGAUGAUGAGAAUUUUGAGGGCUAAUGACAUACCAGAAGCAGAGAUUCUCAGCUUUUGCAAAUCAUCAUUUAAAACAGCCCUUGAUGCUCUUCAAAAUGGAGAGAUAUUUGUGCUAAGACAGACUGUUGACUUCUGUGUAGAACUUUUCACAGAAACUGACUCAAAGGAUGUAAUAAUCCAUAAGUAUAAAAGCUUGCAGUUGGAUAUUCAGGAUCUUUUGAAUCAAAUGUCUGAUGGAAAGCAGCCAAGCAGUAUUGCAUUAUGCUUAGAACUUCUUGCAGCUGUUGCCGCAAUGGGUGCGAAGGCAGUUAGAGCUCAGUUUGCUGCUAUGGUUGCAUUAGCACUACGGUGGAUUCAUAUCCAAACAGUAUCUACCAGUGCCUUGUGUGUACUACAUGCUGUUAUAAUGGAAAUAUGGCCUGAUCAGGACAUUACUUACAGUAUCACAGAUGAAAAAAUUGACACAAAUGACAGUGCUGGAAAAGAUGAAACUGAUUCAGAGCAGCUCACUUCAUCCACUGUUCUGGAGGAAACUGUACUUGAACAACUUGAAACAGGAUUACUGGAAGCCAGAAGAGAAGUUCAUCAUAUGUGUAUCCACAUAGCAGACAAAUCAGAAUUAGAUACUGACAGCCCUGUUAGUGAUGAAACAAAGGAAUAUACCAAAGAUUUAGUGAUUCCACAACAGGAACAAAAGUUCACUGAUGUAAGAAGAAAGAUUAUUGUGAAAGAAGAGCAACCAAAAUGCAGCAGACCCAGAAGUUUGUCAUCAGAAGAGAAAGAAAUUGUUUAA